AUGCAUUCAAUAUUGUAUACAACUUUUCUGCUAUUACUAACGACUAUCAUCCAAGGAAAUUCGCCUCCGGCUCCAGUAUGUGGCAACAAUGAACAAUACACAUGCGGUUCAGUUUGUAUCGAAACAUGCGAUUACAAACCGACCAUAUGUUCAUUUAUGUGUCGUUUCGGUUGUUUCUGUCAAGAUGGUUAUGUUCGUCAGUCAAAUGACACUAGUAGUCCGUGUGUCAAACGUGAAGACUGUAACAAAACAGAUGUUCCACAAUGUGGAGAUAAUGAAGAAUAUCAACAAUGUGGUUCAGCAUGUCCACCUACAUGUAAUGAUUUUUCAUAUCCACUUCCAAAAGAACCUCAAGCAUGCAUAGCAAUAUGCAAAUCUGGUUGUUUCUGCAAAAAAGGUUACUUUCGCGCCAAUAAUAAUCAAUGCGUUCAGCAGGAAAAAUGUUGCACAGGUGAUAAUGAACAAUAUACAGAUUGUGGUUCAGCUUGUGUUGAAACUUGCAAUUAUGUACCACAAGUCUGUACUGAACAAUGUGUUCGCGGUUGUUUUUGUCAGUCUACUGAUUGUGUUCGUAAAGAUAAUAGCACUGGUAGUCCUUGCAUUAAACGUGAACAAUGUUCCCAAUGA